AUGUCUGAUCGUCCAGAUACCGCCAGUCCAAAACCGUUCACCAUCUCGGUUUCCGAUGAGGAACUCAACCAGCUCCAGCAACGUCUUGCCCUGGCUAAGUUUCCUUCUCAACUAGAAUCCUCUAACCAAGAUCCGUGGGAUUUUGGUGUUCCCGCAAAAGAUGUUCAACGGCUCGCAAACUAUUGGAAGGAUGGGUUUAACUGGAGAAAAGCAGAGGCGAAGUUGAAUGAACUGCCUCAGUAUCAUACUGAUAUAGAAGUUGAGGGGUUUGGUAUCUUGGAUAUUCAUUUCAUUCAUCAGAAAAGUACCGCAGAAAGUGCCAUUCCUUUGCUUUUCAGCCAUGGAUGGCCGGGGUCGUUCAUCGAAGUGACAAAACUCUUACCUCUGCUGAAAGGUGGUGAUGGCCACCCUGCAUUUCACGUUGUCGCACCCUCCCUGCCGAACUUUGGGUUCUCUUCUGGAGUCAAUCGACGUGGGUUCGGGCUUGCACAAUAUGCCGAAGUUCUGCAUAAACUUAUGAUCAAGUUAGGUUAUGAAGAGUAUGUUACCCAGGGUGGAGACUGGGGCUAUUGGAUAACACGAGCGGUCGGUUACCAGUACCCUGACCACUGCAAGGCCUCCCACGUCAAUAUGAUCGAGGCGAAACCGCCCAAGUGGAGUACAAGUCCAUUUCUUGCCCUUCAGCAUGCCCUCAAGCCAUACUCCGACGCAGAAAAGGCAGGCCGUGAACGGGCUGAAUGGUUUAAUCGAGAAGGAUAUGGCUACAACACAAUCCAGCGAACUAAGCCACAAACAAUCGGCGUCUCGUUGGCUGAUAGCCCGGUCGCCCUUCUGGCUUGGAUAUACGAAAAGCUCCAUGACUGGACAGACUCGUACCCAUGGACUGACGACGAGAUAUUAACAUGGAUCUCAAUUUAUUGGUUCUCCAAGGCAGGACCGGAGGCCAGUGUUCGUAUCUAUUACGAAAGUUUUCACUCCGAAUCAGUGUCAGGGAUUCCAUACUCCAAGCUCAUGUCCUACAUUCCUGGAGUAAAGCUUGGUCUUGCCCACCUUCCAUGUGAGAUUGCCGCAGCCCCCUCCACUUGGGUUGCAACAUUGGGUCCGGUGGUCCGACAGAGUCGACACGAUAGUGGUGGUCACUUUGCAGCAUGGGAAGUCCCUAAUGUCAUUGUGAAUGACCUUCAUGCAAUGCUUGGCAAAGAGGGCCCUUGCUAUGGGCUGAUUCCCGGCCGGGACGGCUAUUGA